CUCAUGUUUCGUUUUUUCUGUUAUUUUCUUUUGAUGUGCGAUUCUCCCGUGGCGUUCGCGUUGCGUUGCGCCGCAUAUCCACAAAGUCUCAACAAAAACAAAUUCAGUUUGUCAAUGGCGUACUUUGCAUUAGGAUCGCGCGUAUCUCUUCUCACUUGAAGCUUUAAUUUCUGUGCAAAAUAAAAUAAAAAGAAACAAAACCAAGUUUCUCCUUGUUUUUUGUUUCCUUUUUGUUAAUCGUUUUAGUUCUUUUAUUUCUAUUUCUUCGCUAUAAAAGUGGAAUUUAAAGGAAAAUUAUUUAACCACCAAUAAAAAUAUACAACAAUUAAAAUGUGGAUAGCUGGAAAAAUGUAAAAUCAAAAUGACAGUGACAUAAUAUAUAACAUCAAAUUUUUGUUUGGCCAGUCCCACAGUGUGUUUGCAAAACGAAGAAAAUCCAAGAAAAUAAAAUAAAACAAGAGAAAUAUGAAGAAAAAGUUUUUCAAAAUGGGGAGCAAAAAGGAUUGUGCAAAUUCGACAAUAACAAUUUUCGUGUUUCGAUAUUCGAAUAAUGUCCAUUUAUAAAUUUAAUUCGAAUUGAAAUGAAAUUCCGUGUAUAAAAUUCGAAACUAAAAAUGCGACCAAGUUCAUCAAAUUAAUUUAAAUUCGAAUAAGAAAUUAACAAGUUGAUGAAUUUAGUGAGAAUUGAGAAUGACGACGACGAAAGCGACCGCGACGACGAAGAUUGUUUAGUAGAAUUUCAAAGUGAAUAAAACAAAAAUACAUAAUACGCAAUGUCCGUAGUCCGUGUGCGAAAAAAAAUAACAAUCAAAAGAAAUCGACUUAAAAAUACGACGGAAUUUUGAGUGUGCGUAUACCCUACCAACAAAUAGCAAAAGUUGCUUAUGCUUUGAGCUUUGCUUUGCUACGGAUCGGCUAAUAAAAGGAGUUAAAAUUAUUUAAAUCUGAGAAAAAAGAAAAUUAAAAAUUCUUCCUGAAUUAGUUUAAAACAAAUGAAGAAAAGAAAAAUACCAACCUGCUGUAAAAAUAUAAAUUAAUACUGCAAAAGAAAGAAAAAAACGCAAAAUUUUAAACAAAUCAUCUCCUACCUUACCAAUGUACCUACCACCCGCCUCUCUUCCCUCAUCGCAUAACAAUUAAUAUCAAUCUACUGCCUAAAUAAAUAAAAUUCGUACCAAGUGUUGUUUUAUACCAACAAAAGAAAAAAAUUAAAAAGAAUUGAUUGUUGCAUUCCGUCUUAUUGUUUAUGUUUUUUUUCCAAUCCUUGUACCGUGUCAUUUGUGCUUUUUUAAAGUGUCACAUAAAUUAUACAUAAAUUAUUUGUUUAUUUAAAAGUGUUAAAUAAAAAAAAGAAAGAAUACAAAUUACAACAACGACGACAUCAAGUUUUUGUUCAAUCAACAAUAAUAAUAAAUUAUUAUUAUUAGCAAACAAAUUAAAAAAAGAUUGCUGAUUUUUGACAACCCUUAACCAAAUGCUUAAAAGGAGGAAAGUUAUAUUAAUACUUUAUGGCGAUGUUUUUGUUUUCCUAUAAUGAAUUAGUGUUUUUACUAAUUGUUUAUAGUUUUGUUAUAAUACAACAUGGAUUAAUAACUAAUAAUAUAACAGUUGGUGCUUCACUUGGUAACAUCGUUAUAGCAGCAAACUUCCUUCAGAUAAAAAGGCCACCAGUAACGAGACUUUUAAUAUCACAGCCAAAUGUGCCACAUUAUCUACCGUGUUCAGCCUCAAUAAACUAUGAUCCACACGAAAACACAGUUCCUGUAAAAAGAUUAAUUUACAUUUGGUAUCGCAAUGGAAUCGAACUUAAAACAUUAAAACAAGCGAAUUUAAAACAUUUUGAAGUACUAAAAAAUGGAACAUUAAGAUUGCCAAUUAAUCAAAAAGCCACCGGAGUUUAUAAAUGUUUAGUAAAUGCAACAACAUCGGGUCAUCAUUAUCAAGCUCUCUUGUCAGAAAGUUGUUCUGUCGAAUAUCCAGUUUUAAAGCGAAUACCAAUACAUUAUUCAAAUUUAACUGCCUUACCAGGGAUGCCAAUUACUUUGAGUUGUCCAGUACAAAGUAUACCAACGGCAAAUGUCACCUGGUUACAUGAGAACAUUUCGAUUGAAAGAAAACUUAAAGAAAACAGAUUCAUAAUUUUGACAAAUGGGAGUUUAGUGCUGAGGAACUUGACUGAAACAGAUAGGGGGGAAUACAAAUGCAUUGCUCGAAAUACUUAUGCCGAAAAGAAACAUCGUCAAUUUCGAAUUACCAUAAACGUCGAACCACCAAAUAUUACCAAUAAUUCAUAUAAACCAUCUCCAUCCAAGUACAAAUUACUUCCUCCCUUACAAGAUGAUGUUCAUUACAUUCCAUCGGGGACAAACCUACGACUUCGUUGCUUUGGAACAUCAAAUUCCAUAACAAUCGAAUGGUGGUUUGGAAAAUCGCUCGACUUGCAACCGAAAAACCUAAGCAACAACAGCCGAGACUUCCAUAUUCGUGAUGCAAAAGUUCUGAGAGAUGAUGGAUUCUAUCGAUGUUCGACGAAAGACGAUUCACAGGUUUUUCAAGUAAUUGUCACCGAACCACCUGUGAUUCUGCAACCUCUGGAUUCUUAUGAGAGUGCUUUGGCAGCGUUUGUAAAUUAUUCAUGCUCGGCUGAGGGUAAUCCAAAACCCGAAUUUUCAUGGUACCACAAUGGAAGACCCAUAAGUAAGGACAGCUAUACGACAAACGUGGAUCGAAAUGUCCUCACUAUCAAGUCCUUUGAUAUAGCGAAUGUCGGGAUCUAUCAAUGCUUUGCCAAGAACAUUGCUGGCGAAACGUAUUCAGCAGCCUUGUUGCGAUUGUCCAAACGUGAAGAUCUAAAAAUUAUGCCAGAUCCUCUGAAGAAUGUUCAAUGCUAUGCUAUGAAUUUUGACACAAUCAAUGUAACAUUCCAGAGUGCAACUUCGCUUUUCCUGAUCACGGUACAUUUUGUACAGAAGAAUCCUUUUCGCUGGGAGACGAAGCCUUUACUCCAACUACAUAAUUCCCAACAUGUUGUUAUUUCUGGACAAAUGCCAACUUAUGAACCUUUCGUAAUCCUCAUAAGAGCCUUAUUGCCAAUUUCUUCGACUCGGUAUAAUAAGGAAAGUGUCGAAGAAACAAUGCAAAGUUCCUUCCUCAGUGAACCAGCAUUUUGUUGUACCCAAGGAUUACCCAUUCGAGCAUUUCACUUAACGGCUGGAGUUUUCAUCACCUGGUCCAAACCAAUGCUAGAAACUAAAUAUUUUAUUAUUCAGUUUUCUAUUGCACUAACUCGUCCACAUCCUUAUGAAUUCUUCAAGGACUCUCGACUUCAGGGAAUUUCAUCUUCGGUUACAAUAAUGACGGUUCCAAAAGACAUUGAAAAUAAUCUUAAGGAUGUUAUACCUCUGGACGAAUCACAGGCAAGAGAUGUUCUUAGCCGAGCACAAGUUACCAGUAAUGAUUCGGAAGAUGAUGAAGAUGUCUUUAGCAUAAUUGUUCCAUCAAAUGUAACUGGAUUACUCCUAAAGAAUUGUCAAAUUGCUAAAAUUCGUGUUCUUAUAAUAACAAACGAAAAUGAAAACCUCCAACAAGACUUUCGAUUUGUCCAAUGGAAAAUUAUUGAAAACGAUACUCAAGAAACUACUUUAGUACCAUUUCGAGUACAGAAUGUUGAACCUCGAAGUAUUUCGUUCACUUUUAACGAAAGUUUCGAAGACAAAUGCGUACGAGUGUGUUAUUUUGCUUAUGAAAUACGAGAUUUUGGAACGAGUAGGCCAACAUGUGAAGAUAUGACAAUAACAUCAUUGAAGUUGGUAUUGAGACACCUUAAGCCGAGAAAACAAUAUAAAGCACUAUUUUCCAACUGUACCAAUUAUCUUCCAUAUGGAGAAGCUGAUGUUCAAACUGUUCCAGAUCCUCCUGGUACUGUAACGAAUCACAAAGUAGCCAACGAUGGUGGUUUAAAACUAAGCUGGGAUCCACCAACCAACGCCAAUGGAAAAAUUUACUACUAUAGCGUCUUUUGGACGGUCAAUAAUGCCACCCACGGGGCUAAUGUCAGUUCCAGUGAGACUUUUUUCAAAUUCCCCAACAUCACUGAGCGAGAAGAAGUAAAUGUUACAGUUCGUGUGGUGGGUGAGAAUGGAAUAGGAGCUCCGAUAUUUUUCGAUCUUCGGAACUGGUCCCGCAAUACGGAUGACGGAAGACGCUCCAUACUAGACACCUACCUUGGUGUAGCAAUUGGAGGUGCGCUUUCCACGCUGUGCAUCUUGGUUUUUAGUUUGAUAUUCAUAUGCCAACGACAUCGUUUUAAGAUGCGAUCUGGACAAAUACAGCUGACGUCACAAUCUGAAUCAAAUAUCGGAGCUGCUAGUACCCCAGGUGGAAAUACUGAAACUACCGGUCUGGGAGGAUUCCUCGGAGAUGGUGGAUUGAGUGGAGGCUUAGGCGAUAGUAGUGCCCUGCAUGAGUAUCAUGAAAUGCGUACCUUGAUACCGAAAUCCCAGCAAUAUCAAUAUCUCAGGGACAUGCCUCAAUCACCAAAGCAACAACUUCCCAAUGGCAAUGGGAACUGCCCUCGCCGCAAUGACAACAGCUCUGAAUGUAUAUUCGCCGAAACAGAGCUCGACGAAGAGCCAACAUCUCUAUCAAGUUCGACGCCUCUAUCAAAAGUACCACCGCAACGAAGAAUAAGUAAAGAUGAUGCGCCUGCUGCUCUAUAUUUCAUACCUGUAGCAGCAGCAACAACAAAAAAUCAUCGAAAAAAUAAUAUCGAAGUUGAAUAUGCGAAUCCAAAGAAAUUAUUUUCGGAUCGUUUUACUUUGAAUAAAAUAAGUUCCUCACCGAAUUUCUUCAAUAGUGACAAUUGUAGUAGUGUAAGCGGUGGCUGCAGACCUUUGGCUAGACCUGCUGAAGACUGUAGCCGCCAGCGCCAUACAAACCGUCACAGCCAACAACGGCAGCCAUUUGCAGCUGCAGCAGCAGCAGCAACGCAAAAUGGCUGCUCACACUAUGUAAAUACAACAAACAAUAGAAAUAGUUAUAGUAGUUCUAGUAAUAAUAGUAAGCCAAACCAACAACACCAACAACAACCUCCUUCACAAAAACACCAACAUCCUAUUGAUCAGUUAAAUCAUUCCAUUGAUGACAAUGGUGUAGCAUCGUUGUCAGAACCGAAACUUUUUGCGACCAUCAAUAAUGGCGAAAGGAAUCCUGAUUCUAAGAAUCAUGCUCUCUUCCCCGAUGACACCGAACGUCUAUUCGAACACACACAAUUUCAUCCAAUAAAUUCCUCAACCUUAGAUAGAAAUAACGAUGGACAGAUGAAAAUGUUCCGAACAUCUCCAGCAUCAGCAGCCAUCAACAAUAAUAAUACAUUGUCAUGGAAUAGCAAACAAAAACAACCAAUAUCCAAUAAUGACGACGAAUACGAUCAUCGACAUCGACAUAAUUCAUCGGUAGCUCCUCUUAUUAGAAACAACAGCACAAUUGGUUCCGAAGCAUCAUCUUCAUCAAUAACAAAUAAUGUAGACGAUCAUCCUAGCAGUAGUAGUCCUGAUGGUAUAGCCUUCACUAAUCAUCAUCAUCAUCACCAUCAGAAUAACUAUCAUCAUAACCACCAUGAUUCAGAUAAUUCUAUAAAUAAUCCUCUACUGAAAACCAAUUGGAACCAUCGAAGGCCAAAUGUAGAUCCGAAUGGAUAGAAGAAUCAAGCAUCAAAUCGAUGUUGUUAGAGGAUCCAUGCUACGAUGAAAUUCUCUUCCUCAUCCUCACUCAACGCAACCUCAGACACAAAAAUUAAAAAAAAAAAACAGACUUCAUGGGUUAAGUUAGGUGGGUUAGGAAAGUUGCGAUUUUAUGGUUGUUAUUAUACAUUCCAGAUGUUGAAAUGUUAAAAUUGUUUUCGAGCCGAAUGCUAAAAUCAUACAAAAAAAAGAAAAACUUUGUAAAUUCGAAGAAAUGAGUAUAAAAAAGAUUUAUUUAAAUACGAGUAUUGUAUAAUUUUUAAAUAAUUUAAAAGUGUUUUAAUAUUGAGAAAAAGAGGAACAUUAUUGUCUUCUUUUUUAUCAACAGAGAAAAGGUGAUUUAUUGUGAAAUUAAAAUUGAGGCUUCUAUAUUUUAAAAGAAAAACAACAAACUAAAAUAAAAUGAAAAGUAGACUCUACUAUUUUGUAUAAUAAAUCAGCUCUUCUUAGGUAUCCGCGUUCUGGAGAUUAUUUCGAAAAUUUUCUAUUAACGUUCAAACGGCAUCCCAUUUUGUUGGACUUAGAAGUUUUGAUAUUUUAGAGUUCAUUUCAUCGCUUAUUUUGGACAAAAAGUAAUUUAUCUUCAAACGUAUUUCCACUUUGAUUAAAAAACUUAUUAUUAAAAAAGAUCUUUUUUUUAAAAACUUAUAGAAAUGGGUACCAUAAUUGAGCUGAAUUUAUUUACUUCGGAAUGCAGGAUAUUGGGGAUAUAUGAAUUAAAUUCGAAAAAUCCUUAAAAAAAUUUUAUAUAAUAUAGUUUUGUAAGAAAUUUAAGAAAAAAAUUAAUUAUUGGAAAUUCAUAUUUUAAUGUUUGAUUCUUAUGUUUUAUUUUUCAAAAUUUUGUAUACUUAUAAUUUAUAUUUAAGAAUUUUUAUAAAUGUAUUUUGGUUCUCACUGAAAUUAUAAUAGUAGUUAUGUAUUUUACUUCUUACUUUAUUCAAGUUUUUCUACAUUUUUAAUAAUUUAAAUGUUUGUUUUUAUUUUCCUAACUUCAAUAUUUUACAGUUUAACGAUCUCUUAUUUUCUCAGAUUGAAGAUACUUGACGAGAACGGAAACUAAAUCGUCAAUUACACUGGUCGACACGGUUUUCUUACUGGCAAUAAGAUUUGCACUAUUUCAAUUCGAUUUAAUGUCCUUCAUUCAAAUCCGACUUCAAAUCCAAAUCUAUCACGUCAGGUUUUUAAGAUAUUAAUUUUUUAAAUUCAAUAAAACACGUAUAUAAGACUUUUAUAAGGUGUUUAAAUUUAUGAAGAAGCUUUUUUCAAUAAGAUUCGUGAUGGUUUUUCAAAUCUAUAAUCCCUUUCUUCAGUAUUCAGUUCAAAUAUUUUAUAUAUUUCAUUUUUAUAUUUCAUUUGUCUUACAAAAUUUUGAAAGAAACCAUUUAUGCUAAAACCCUUUUCAGCAAAAAGAAAGCUAAACGGUUUGAAAUUAAGUUUUGUUCUGGUAACGAUUCUAUUGUCUUAACAACUCUAUUAUAUCAAGUUUUUGGAGUAUAUUAAAAUAUUGUUGAAAAUGUAUUUUCAAAAUGUUAAAAAUAAAGUUUGGAUUUGGAAUUAGCACUAAAUUCAAGGUUUACUCAAAAUUUCAUAUAGCGUCAAAUGUUUAAAAUUGCAAACUAAUCAUACAAUUCAUUAUUAAGAGAUAUUUUGAGUUUUAACUUAGUCUAAGAACUAAGUUAAAAAAGAGCAUAUUUUAAAAACCUAAUGUCAUAAAAGAGAUUCGAAUUUAGAACUUCUUAAUCCUGUUAAAAUGAAUUGUUUGUGCUUCUUCAAACGUACUUUUGGCAACCAAUGUUAUCAAACGUCAUUUUUCAAAAAUAUGUAAUAAAACCUAAGUUGUUCACAUCUGAUACAAUGGUUAAAAAUAUCAACAAAAAGACGCUUAACCUUUUUUUGACCACGAGAAAGUAGUUAGUCAUACUAUUUAACAAAUAGCUCUAUUUCAAACUUUGUGUUAUCUGAAUAAUGAUCGAACAUGGAAAAAUAGAUAAACUACUAAAUUUCAGUUUCAAGAUUCUUAUUUCCAAAACGUGCUGCGUAAUUGGUUAUUUUUAUAGUUAAGUUAUAAAGGUCUUGUUAAAGUCAUUUGAUCCACCCAAAACAGAAUAUUCGAUCUUGAAUUUAAUCUAGCCUAUACUUUGUUUUAAUUUCAAAAGACAAG